AAGUGAUGUGUUGUCUCCCUCUAAUAGGGAUAGAGAUAAAAGUAGAGCAUGUCGCGUCGCGAGUGACCGCGUAUCGAGCGAUGUGCCCCGGUUUUCGCUGUGACGGGCAAACGGGAUAGCGAGAUGCCCGCCGCGAGGAUGAACGUUGUUGUCCAUUCGCGCGUGAAUCGUGUUUGCCGGAGUCGUAAAUCUCACGGCUAAAUGUCGAUUCUAAAUUGGGCGCGCGGCCGCGCUACACCCGCCGUCGUCGCGAGUGUCGCCGACUGCAGCUCGUUACCUCGCCCGAGGAGGACGCGUUUUCGUCGCGAGAUCGCGAUCGACCGCGAUCGCGACACCAUCGGUCCGUUCCUCCUCGAAGGCCGUUGACGAUCCCUCGCGCGCGCUCGCGCGAUAAUAUCGGGUUCCCCGGGAGCUCUGUCCCGGAGUUUGAUUCCGCGCGCGGAACCGUUCGCGGCACGCAUGGAUCUCUGGACGUGCGGUGAGUGGCCGAUGGCCAGUCGGAUUCUAAGGACGAGUGCUUCUGGUACUUCCUUCUGGUCUUUUGCGGCGGCCGGCGUAUUAUCCUUAUGGUUGCAGUAUUGUCUACGGAGGAUUAACAUUAUUGAUACCUGUACCGUGCUCUAUAUCUGGAUUAAUUAGAUAUUCUUCGCUGUACCUUUGGUCUUCCAUCUUGCAUUUUUAUCAUAAGAAAUGUCGUCUCGAGAUUAUGAUAGAAGAAGAGGUGGCAGCGGUAGCGGUAGCAGCUCAAGCAGGCUGCGAAUGGACACGAGCGUGUCGCAACCCAGACCACAUGGCGAAAGUUCCAGCAAACGAAAAGAGAUAGACAAUGUAAUGAGGAAAGCUCGCGAAUCGCAAUCAAGCUAUUGGAAUAAGAAGCUGCUAGAGGCAGAAGAACGAGAUCCGAAUAGAUGGCGUCACAGCGGAUACAAGGAGUUAUACGUCGGUGGCAGCGGCGAACCCAGCAGAGGACACCCUAGAAGCCCGAGAAGCCCCCGACCACGCAGUCCCCAUAGUCCGCGACCGCGUAGUCCUCGAGCGAGGAGUCCACGAUCACCACGCGAGCGUUCUUCCCGCGAACACAAUAGAGGCAGACAACCGGCCGCUCGUAGUCCCAGCACAGGCACCACGUGCUCCGAUAGAUCGUGUUCCGUUUGUUCGCCGAAAGAACGACGACGUGUCGCGCCGCCGUCCCGCUCGCGUUCCCGAUCGAUCACACCGGUACGAGCCAGAGCGCAUCCUAAGGAAGUGGUUGCUUCCAGUUCGCGAGCUUUACCGCCGCGUGCCAGACCGCGAUCGCCGCCGUUACCGCGUCCGCGUACUCCACCACCGGCACCGCAGCCGCCACCGCGUCAUCAGAAGGAUUACAAGAUUCUCAAGGAGAAAGAAGCCAAGAUUCGCCGUAAAGAGAAACAUCAUAGCAGAUUGCCGGAAGAUCCACGAGUACCAGAUCCCAUCCCAUUGAUGCGUAAAGCAGUUAAAGUGGAAAAAACACAUACGAGUCAUGGAGCACCACAAAUGAUGCGACCUCCGCCGGAAUCCUCGCCCAGUGACGACAGCGACAGUUCCUCCACUACAUCCCAUGUUGGACCACCGAGAAUGACAUUAUCUGAACGAUUUGGUAAAAUGGCACAGUGGAGCGUGGAUCGUAGGGACAUGGAAAAUAUGCGCAUCACAAAAGACGGCGAAAACGCGAUGAAGGUCGUUAUAGAGGGUGAGGAGAGAAUCGCGCGUCUAGGUUACGAUUCGCCGCCACCCGGACAUUACCCCGAGUCGCUUCUGGCGCAAGGGCCGAGAGGUUUCGAGGGUUGGGACGACGUACGCGUCCGUUACGACUACUAUAAAGCUAGAGGUUACCUUCGCGAUCUCACUCUUGAUGAUUAUAUCAAGUGGGAAGAAUGGUGGUAUAAGUAUCAGGAAUGGCUCGAGGCCGAACGCUUCUACGAGCAGUGGGCCUCGUCGUCAAAUCGUCCUUCUGGCAGUAGUCGCAAAAGGCGCGGACGACGCAACAACGCUGCUCAUUAAAAUAUAUAUGACGAAAAAUGUGUUACGGAUUCUGCUGACAAGAUAUAUCAUAAUAUCUGUAUACUUAGAGUAUGCAGAAAACAUGUAUGUAUAAGCGCUCUAUAUGUAUCGUAAUAAAAAGUAUAAAUGUGAAAAAAAAA